AUACUUAGCUUUAGCUCUAUAUUUUUUAUAUUAAUUAGAACGUUAGUUUUAAUAUUAAGUAUAAAUAAAAAGGCCCCGAUAGGCUUAUUAAUAAGCUUAACGUUAAUUAUAAUAAAGAGGCUAUUAAAAAUAAAGCUUUUUAGAACUUUAAUAAUAGGGCCUAGGUUAAUAAAACCCUUAGCUUUGGCUAAUAGCUUUAAGAACUUCUUUAUAUAUUUACUAGCUUUUAUUAACUAUAGGCUUAUAUUAUAUAUACUAAUACUAAGGACGACUUUAAUACUACUUAGGACUACUUAUUAA